GGCCGCGGAGCCCGAGCCGCGGCGCCGCCUGGAGAUCGUCUUCGUGUCCUCGGACCAGGACCAGCGGCAGUGGCAGGACUUCGUGCGGGACAUGCCGUGGUUGGCGCUGCCCUACAAGGAGAAGCACAGGAAGCUUAAACUUUGGAACAAAUACCGGAUUUCGAACAUUCCAUCGCUAAUAUUCCUAGAUGCUACCACUGGCAAGGUUGUGUGCAGGAACGGGCUCUUGGUGAUCCGCGAUGACCCAGAAGGUCUGGAAUUCCCCUGGGGACCUAAGCCCUUCAGGGAAGUCAUCGCAGGGCCCUUGCUUAGAAAUAACGGGCAGUCACUGGACAGCAGCAGCCUGGAGGGGUCUCACGUGGGAGUCUAUUUCUCCGCACACUGGUGUCCACCCUGCCGAAGCCUCACCCGGGUGCUGGUUGAGUCCUACCGGAAGAUCAAGGAGGCAGGCCAGAAAUUUGAGAUCAUCUUUGUUAGUGCAGACAGGUCAGAGGAGUCCUUCAAACAGUACUUCAGUGAGAUGCCCUGGCUCGCUGUCCCCUACACUGACGAGGCCCGACGGUCGCGCCUCAACCGGCUGUAUGGAAUCCAAGGCAUCCCCACGCUCAUCGUGCUGGACCCACAGGGGGAGGUAAUCACACGGCAGGGGCGGGUGGAGGUGCUCAACGACGAGGACUGCAGGGAGUUCCCGUGGCACCCCAAGCCCGUGCUGGAGCUCUCUGACUCCAAUGCUGUGCAGCUCAACGAGGGGCCCUGCCUCGUCCUUUUUGUAGAUUCUGAGGAUGAUGGAGAGUCUGAGGCAGCCAAACAGCUGAUUCAGCCAAUAGCGGAGAAAAUCAUUGCCAAGUACAAAGCCAAAGAGGAAGAGGCACCACUUCUGUUCUUUGUGGCUGGGGAGGAUGACAUGACUGACUCCCUGCGAGAUUACACCAACCUGCCUGAGGCUGCCCCUCUGCUCACCAUUCUGGACAUGUCCGCCCGGGCCAAGUACGUGAUGGACGUGGAGGAGAUCACCCCUGCCAUUGUGGAGGCCUUUGUGAAUGACUUCCUAGCAGAAAAGCUCAAACCAGAGCCCAUCUAGUGGAGCUCCGGCCUCCUGAGCCAUUAUUUAAGACUGUCUCCUCUUCCUCCUCCCCUUUUUCCCCUCUGCCCUUGGACUUUACCACCGUGUACUGAAUCACACAGCCCAAGAGUCCAACCUCUCUGCAGUGCCUUGUUUCUGCAUUAACUCCUCAGCCAGCACCCAAAGGUGCCCAUCCUCACAAUAGCAGCUGUACCUACCAUGUUGGGAGAUUGCUUAGGAUUUGUGGAGAUGACAUAACCUAGCUAAAACUAGCACUGCAGCACUCUCUCUCCAGGUCACUAGCUCUCGGUGAAGGCCCUGUUAGGGUGACCGAUAGCAGAUUGAGGUCUGACUCUGGAGUCAUUGCACAUACCCAGCACCCAACAGAGCUGGAGGGGAGCUGCUUGGUGACACACAGGCACACAGAUGGAGCAGGGAGAGGGCCGCUGGCUUGGCAGGCACCAGCCGAGAGCUGUUGGUGAGAGCACCUUUUUCCAGAGGACCUGGUCUUUUUUGGUCCUAGGGAUAAACAGCAGCUUGUCAGUGGGUUCUUGGGCAGCAAAUCUCCAAAUCUGAAAGGAAGCUUAUGGGUUUGGGGGGGUGAGAAAAAAAGUAGCUAAGGUAACGAUUCACAUAGUAAUUGCUUACUUUUAUUGAGUUUCUGCCGUGUGACUGGAGGUUCUCAUUUCUCCCUUUUACCUCUUUCUUCUUUGCUCUUCACUUUCUCCUAGUUUCUGCCUGCUGCUGCAAGCAGCUUCUGCUGUCUUGGAAUUUCAUUAAUGAAUUCUUUUCCUUGGGCAUCUUCCCAAGACACUGGGCCCUGAGUUCUUAGAGGAGCUGUGCCAAACUGGCACAGACCUGCCUCUGCCCAGCUCUGUGCCUGAGGCUGCUGGACCUCUGCCAAGGCACCUGCACCCCCCUGCGUUACCCUUGUCAUUCCCUUUUCUUUUCAAAGCAGCAUUAAGAAGCAACAAGAAUUUACCUGAAGCUAAGCUUUUCACUAAAAAGCAGCUGCAGAGGGGGCUGUGCCCUAGGGCAGGAGUGGGGACAGAGGACAGGGCAACUACAAGUCAGCCUUGGGCCCCCUUUGCUGGGCCCAGGUAGGCUGGCCUCUUACUUGAGCUGAACUGACCACAAAAAGGGAAACAACUAUGUCCUUGGGAUUUGGUGGGGAGGGCCUAGGCCUAGGGACUCACAAGGGCUUUCGCCUGUCUCAGGCAGGUGUCAGGGUCUUCUAACACUCCUGGGCCUUCCCUUCAGGGUCACUCAGCACUCUGCCAACCAAAACCAUUCAUUUGGAAAACCCAGCUUCUCCCAUAAGCUGUCGACACUGUUGUUCCUUACCGAAAUGGAUUGUCGGUUUGUAGUUCAGAGGUACAAAAUUAGUUGGUAAUUAGACUAUUCGAUGUUGCCAGCCUGAAAUACAAUCACCUAGUAAGAAAUAAAGCGGGCAUCUCUGGACAUUAUCACCCACUUGGCCUUCCCUGAUCGAUUAGGGGGUGGCCAGAGACAACCUCUGGUGAUUAUGUUCCAGAAUUUUCAAGAAUCCCUUGAACUGGGGCUGGGGAGAUAGCUCAGUGGUGGAGCACUCGCGUAGCAAGCUCAAGGCCCUGAAUUCAUUCCUCAGCAUAGGGGCGGAGAGGAUCAGGGCAGCCUAAGAAUUAACAUGACCAUCUGUCAGAUCUUCUUGGUUCCAGAAGCCAGGAAGCUCAUUUGGUUUUUUUUUUGUUUGUUUGUUUGUUUGUUUGUUUUUGUUUUUCUCCGAUACUGGGAACCGAACUCAUGACCUUGCACUUGCCAGGCAGGCGCUUUUGCCACUGAUCUAAAUCCCCAGCCCCUCAGGAAGCUCAUUUGGAUGAGAGGGUGGGAAGAUGAUCCUCCUGGAGCUCUGGCCACUGCCCCUCCUGGUUUGCCUUGGCAGUUGAUGGAGGGUGAAUUCCCAGAUUGCAAAAGUUGCUGUGGACAUCCCUGCAGUGUCCAUUCCUGCAGGGGAGCUGAGGGCUCCGAGAUCUGAGACGGCGGGGCGGGGGUUGUUGCACACGAGGACUAACUCAGUGUCUGUUACUUGCUUGUUGCUGAGACACGACACCCAGCACCCACAACCUAAAGAAGAGAUUUACUUUGGCUGGUGUUUUCAGCCCACAGUCUGCUGGCUCCAAGGCGGGAUGGGAUGGCAGAAAAAUACAGCCUAGGAAGAACUGCUCAUGUCACGGCAGCCGGGAAACUGAGAAAACAAGAGCCAGGGAGGGAGAGACACCCUUCCUGGUCACACCGCCAGUGACCUGUCUCUUCCGACAGGCCUCACCUCCUAACAGCAAGUCCGCUCGAUCACUCCCAGCAUUAUUCUGUCACCUUCCAAAAGCCUGCCUGUGCGUGCGUGAGGCUCUUCGGGGGUGGGCGUCUAGAUAUAGACCGUAACACGUGGCAUGGGUGUCCCAGAAUGAGGCAAGAGCUGGGGACACCCAAGCCCAGCAUACCCAAGGGUGAGAGGCUUCUGAAGCGACUCCCCCAGUGGCGCUCAGGGGGUGGGUACAAGAGGAAGUCCCUCCCCUGGAAGAUUCCUGUCCAUGUCUUUUUUUUCCCCCUCCCCGUGUCUUAUGUCAAGCUUGUCUUGGGCAAGAGGAUCCCGCUUAGCAGCUACUUGUCUUUGGGAGCAGAAGCAGCAGGUCCAGUGAUGAGUUGCUGGGACCACUGCAGUGGAAUAAUUAGGGCACCUGUGAUACUUUGGCCUGUUCCAGGCUGACUCUUCUCAGUCACCAGCCACCAAAGUCACCUGGAUCCUCAUCACCAGAGUUCCCCUCUGGGUUGCAGAGGUAGGUUUAGAUCAGCAGGGAAGAUUUACUGAAAGGGUUUGAGUCUACACAGUGGCUACACCAGGGGGAAUAUUAGAGACAAAUCAUUUCACAGGUGCUAAGGAAAACCCCUCUCCCCACAGAAAUCCUAAAGGUUAUUGAUGCAGAUAACGUGGGUGGCGUGACAGAUCCCACCAAGCAGCUCCAAAAUGCCUUACAAGUCUUGUUGCUAUCGGAAGCAGGUUAAAAUCCCCAGCUGUGACAUAUUCAAAGACUCCCACUGGCAGCCAGGGAAGCCAUGCCCUGCGGGUUGAGGCGGGGAGGUGGCUGUAAGAAUGCCACCCCGGGUUUCCUAACUUUGUGUGCACAACUUCCAACAACCUCCAGAUCCCACUCCACUCAUUCUCACAAGAGAGGAGUUUUUUUAAAAAAAUAAAAUAAAACUGUCUCACCACAUUAAA